AUGGGGGAGAAUGACCCACCCCCCGCGGAGGCCCCCUUCUCCUUCAGAUCACUUUUUGGACUUGACGAUUUGAAAAUAAGUCCUGUUGCACCAGACGCGGAUGCGGUUGCAGCACAGAUACUGUCCCUGCUCCCACUGAAGUUCUUUCCCAUCAUUGUCAUUGGGAUCAUUGCCUUGAUAUUAGCAUUGGCCAUCGGGCUGGGCAGUGACAAGGGGGCCUCCAGGGUCCCCGAGCGUCUUCUCCGGGUCUGCCUCGACCGCCGCGUGAUCACAGACCUGUCUCGGGACCCGCGGCGGCCUCCGCGACUUCGCUCCCCGCCACCCGGCACGGGCCUCAAUCAGAAGCGCGGACCCGUGGGUCGGCCGGGCCAGGGUGGCCCCGCGCCCCCGAUCCCGCCGCCGCCCCAGGCCUCGCCCAAGCCCGUCGCCUCGGGCCCCGGCCCGGCGGCCGGAGUGGGCAGCGCCCCGCCGGCCUCGGGCUCCGCACCGCCUGCUACUCCUCCGACCUCGGGCGCCCCGACGGGGCCUGGCCCCACCCCGCCCCCGCCGCCCGCUGUCACCUGGGCGCCGCCGAGCAGCGGGGUCCCCAGCACCCCGCCUCAGGCCGGGGGCCCGCCACCUCCCCCCGGGGGGCCCGGGCCCCGAGGCCCGAAAGGCGGCAGAAUGCCAGGCCCGAAGCCGGGCGGCGGGCCGAAGCCGGGCGGCGGGCCGGGCCGCAGCGCUCCUGGCGGCGGGGAGCCCCGCGGAGGCCGGCAGCGCCACCCGCCCGCCCCCUGGCAGCACCAGCGGGGUCCCCAGCCGGCGGGCGCGGCCGCAGCGACAGACGAGAAGCUCAGCGACUCCGGGGGGCUGGACGCCACCUCGUCUCUCUCGGGGAGGCCUGGAGAGAAAACUUCCACGCAGCGCGGGCGGCUGUUUGUUGGGAAUCCACCUGCUGGCACCACAGAGGAGGAAUUCAAAAGACUGUCUGCGAAAUGAGAACCAGGAGCAGCUUUUAUCGACCAAGGCCAAGGAUUUGGGCUCAUUAAACUUGAAUGGGCAUUGGCUGAAACUGCCAAAGCUGCACUUGCUGAUACACCCAGGAGAGGUAGGCAGCUUCGGGUUCGCUUUGCCACACAAGCCGCUGCCCUCUCCGCUCGAAAUCUUUCACCUUGUGUUUCCAGUGAACCGUUGGAAGAAGCCUUUCGCCAACUGGGUCCUAUUGAAAGGGCUGCUGUGAUUGUGGAUGAUCGGGGCAGAUACAGGGAAAGGCAUUGUGGAUCUACAGGGAAAGGCAUUGUGGAAUUGGCUUCUAAACCAGCAGCAAGAAAAGCCUUUGAAAGAUGCAGCGAAGGUUUCUUACUGACAACAACUCCUCGUCCAGUCAUUGUGGAACCACUUGAACAACUAGAUGAUGAAGAUGGCCUUCCUGAAAAACUUGCACAGAAGAAUCCAAUGUAUCAACAGGAGAGAGAAACGCCUCCUCGUUUUGCCCAGCAUGGCACAUUUGAGUAUGAAUAUUCUCCGCGAUGGAAAUCCCUGGAUGAAAUGGAAAAACAGCAAAGGGAACAAGUUGAAAAAACAUGA